UGGAAGCAAUUUGGCUGACACGUAUAAGUAAUUCAAUGAUAAAUCUACUGCACAAGGUAUGUUUAUACCAGAUGCACUGAGAAGCUGUAUGAUCGAGACGGACGUAUCUUCUUAUUUACAAACAUCAUCGACUGGACAGGAUGAAUUUCACCCCUUCAUUGAGGCAUUAUUACCAUACGUCAAAUCAUUCUCGUACUCUUGGUUUAACUUGCAAGCUGCUAAGCGAAAGUAUUAUAAAAAGCACGAGAAGCGUAUGUCAUUGGAAGAAGAAAGACAUUGCAAGGAUGAGCUACAGAAUGAAAAAACUGAAGUAAAACAGAAAUGGGCAUCGCGUCUGUUGGGUAAACUGAGGAAAGAUAUAACACAAGAGAGUCGGGAGGAUUUUGUUCAAUCGAUUAUCGGCAAACGGAAAUCGAUUUGUGUUCUCUCGAAUCCCGAUCAGAAAGGCAAAAUGCGGCGUAUCGACUGCUUGAGACAAGCUGAUAAAGUCUGGCGUCUCGAUCUUGUUAUGGUGAUCCUAUUUAAGGCCAUACCAUUGGAGAGUACGGAUGGGGAGCGAUUAGAAAAGAAUCCCGAAUGUCUCCAUCCCGGCCUUUGCGUAAAUCCGUAUCACAUAAACGUCUCCGUCAGAGAGUUGGAUUUAUAUUUGGCAAACUUUAUAAAUACCCAUAAUUCAUCGGCUAUAACCACCAGAUCACCCCACGUUGCCAUUUUUAAUCACAAUCGUAACAACAACAACAACAGUUCAUCAUCUGUGGACAGAAAGGAUGAUAGUAUUGAUAGCAUUGAUGCAAAAACUAGAGGAUUACGACACAAUCCCUACAAUGGAGUGGUUUGCAAUGAUAUUAUUCUAGCAACUGGAGUGUUCUCAUCCCAAGAGCUUUGGAAUUUAUCUAAAGACUCAAUACUAGACGAAGUCAGUAACAAUAACAUGCACACAAACAUUAUUAAAAGGGAGAAUGUGACAGCUGCUUAUGACUGUAAUACAUAUCAACUGACCCCAGAUUCGCCAAUCUCAAGCUCCCAGACACAGGCGCCGCCAAUCCCAAUCCCAAUUCCAGGCGGUUACAGCAUUGACUUUGUCGAUCAGAAUCACAGAAAUGUACAUUUAUCACAGUCGCCAUUAUUGCGCUCUGAUGGGACCAAUGGAUCCACAGAUGCAUGUAAGAUCGAUCACAGUUCAUCGCCUCCAGUUAUCUCUCGUUCAAGUACAACUACAAGCACGGAAAACUGUCCAUCCGGCAGCUUCUCCGUCAUUUUACGAUCGGCCGAUAGCAUUAAUUCCAAUGCCGAUUCAACGGUUACAACUGACUCGACAAUUUCAUUGCAUCGGUAUACACCGGUUAAUAGCAGGCCAUCAAUUGCAACCACAAAUCCACAAAUUCGAACAGCCGAAGCUAUUCUUCACCACAACUGCUCUACACUGCUGGCCAGCUCUGUAAGUCCGGUCAAUACGCUAUAUUAUCCGCAGCACAGUAGUCCCCGUCUGUUGUCAGCGACGCAUACGACAACAUUGGAUCAGGAACAUGAGCAUAUAUCACAGCAACAGCAACAACAACAUCAACAACAACAACAACAGGAGCAACAACAACAACAACAGCAACAACAUGCUGAAAAGUUUUCGAGUGAAGCUCAUGAUAUUUCAGAUUUUGUGACUUACGUUUGUCAGGAUACUGGACACGCAACAAGUAUACAAUCGGGAGUUGGAGUCGGAGUCGGUUCCUUGGAGAAUCCAGCAUUUUCACACACACACGCACACACACAUGCCCACGCACACACGCACUCACAUCAAUUGGGAUCACACACACAUUCUUCACAUUAUCAGAUACACCAACAACUACGAAGCUCUAAAUUAAGCGGUGUACCAUCAACACAUUAUCAUAGCACAAUGUUGCCACCGAUGUUACCCCCUAUGGCUCGACCUGUUGCCAUUAUUCGAUCUAGUGGAGAUCUGGCAAUGAUCCAAUCACCACCAUCGUCAUCAGCGAAUCCGUCGUCUAGUUCAAGCAUCGAUGACGAUAGUCGCAAUGUUAACACCAUCGAAAGUAAUCAACAGAGUCCGAUUAACACCGAUCCAGCGGAUCCAAAUGCAACUGAUUGUACAACCCUCGUUUCAAGAUCAUCUCCUCUACCCCAACCCCAACCACAAUCUCAACCACAAUCGCCAGCAAGUCCUCAUGUCGCUACGGAAGCAAGUCGAUGUAAAAUGCAUCCAAUUGCCUCAAAUUCCUUAACUAGAAUCGCAACCCAAAUGUAUCCUGCAACAAAUAGUCGAGAGUACUUCAAUCACUUCCAUAGCCAAUCGACAUCGUUGCUGGGAUAUGCUGGAUCUAUUUCGACAAUGUCUGGUGUUAUAAAUCCUACAAACCUGAGUCUAUAUUCAACACCAACAAUGACUGUGAGUUCUGCACACCGCUCUAGUGCCAGAUCCCGAUGGAACACUACAAUUACAGAAGAUGAAUUCAACUUAAUUCCGCACUCUGUAGCUAGUACAAAUAUAGAAAAUGCUCAGGUUAUAUUAAUGGAAGAUUCCUCUGGACGUUUUUCCGAUGAAUAUUCAUCGAAUCCGAACCGUGACUUUGUGUCGUGAGCAAGAGUUAAGAGAGACAAAAUAUAAUAUGAUACUUCACAGGGCUUUGGUAUACAUUAAAAGGAUGCAUAAUAUUAAAUAUUAAAUACAUAAUUACAAAUGUACUUUAAA